AUGAUUGAUAUCGAGUUUGAAGCUCUCAUUGAAUCCUGCCUCGUCACGGGAGGUUUGUUGUCGUUCUUUUUGAUGUCUGGUAUGGAGACUGCAACACCGUUCCGGCUGGUGUGGCACAUCACUGUUUUAAAUUUCUACCGCAUAUUUCGAACAACUUUGACCAAGCCUCUAACGGCCACAACCCAAUCACUUCCCCUCCUCUCCACCCUCCAAGAAUCUGAUCAAACAACCAUAAAAGCUUUCUACAACCUUUCAGACCGCCACAUGUCUCUGGCAUCCUAUCUAUUGAAAUACCUCUUCAUUCACCGCACAUGUCGAGUCCCCUGGAACCAAAUCGUCAUCAGCCGUACUCCAGCCCCGCAUAAAAGACCCUGCUAUAUCCCCCCCCAGCCGCCGCAGCCAUCUCCACCUGCGGAUGGUAGUCAAAACCAGAAGCCCCUGAUUCCAGUCCCGAAUAUCGAAUUCAACGUCAGCCACCAAGCCUCCCUCAUCUCAUUGGCGAGAUGCAUUAGCCCUUCACCACGAAGCUUGGAGGAGACGCCCUCCCCUCAACCCCUCUCCACCCCGAGCGCAAAUAACAACCACAAUGGUAAUAAUAACCACGUUCCCAGCCCCCCUCAAAUAGGCAUAGACAUAACCUGCACCGACGACCCAUCCCGCUGCCACCGCCACCCGCCACGGACAGAAACCGAACUGUACGACUUCAUCGACAUCUUCGCCGAAGUCUUCUCCGCAAACGAACUAGCUGCCAUGAAGGCAUACCCGAGGAGCAGCAGCGGCGGCGGCGGCGGCGGCGGCGGCGGCGGCACCAUGAACUUGCAGGAAUCCAUAACGCACCGCAUCCGCCUCUUCUACACCUACUGGGCCCUGAAGGAGGCGUAUAUUAAAAUGACGGGCGAGGCGCUGCUGGCGCCCUGGCUGCGCGAUCUGGAGUUUGCAAAUGUUGUUGUUCCGGCGCCGCCGCUCUCAUGUCCAUGUCCAUCUCCAUCUCCAUCUCCAUAUCCGUCUGCGUCUGCGUCUGCGUCUGCGUCCUCGCUGUGGGGGGUGCCGGAGACGGGGGUUAGGGCUGUGCUCUAUGGGUGUGAAGUGCCCGAGAUCUAUCUAUCUAUCUAUAUCCUAUCUUUAGACCCGUCAUUUCUUUCCCCAAAUUGGAGAAAAUGCCGACGGCCGCUUCAAGACGAAAAGGAGGAGGCAAGUCGAAGGGGUGAAGUGGGUUUUUUGGGCAAAAACCGCUUCGCCAACCAGUUUCGCGGUGUUCCCAAAUUUGGCGUCUCCUACUUAUUAGUACAGCGGAGAUAG